GUCACACGGCGGCGCGGUGACGUCAGAGAGCGGCGCGAGGCCGCGCCGGGCCGGGCGCUUGAGGCGGUGGCGCUGCCGGUGCCGGUGCGCUCCGCUCCGGCUCCCGCUCCGCUCCGGUCCCGCUGCGCUCCCGCCAUGCCAGCACCGCCCGCAGGGUUUGCCAGGUAACGAUCCCUGCAGUCCUUCUCCAGACUAUCUGGUCAAGCUGCCUCUGCCCACAUGUCCUUCAGCACCCUGGGCCUGGCUAAAUUCGACUGGUGAAGCCUCAGCAGAGUGUCGAGCGCGGGGGCUGAUGCAGGGGAGGCUGCAUGGCAGUGACCCGGGACCUGUAAAGAAUUUCUGCACUGUGCCGGUGAAAUGACACCUGUGUGACACCCGUGCAUCCCUCGUGGGUGGUGGUGCUCAGCUGCUGGGUGAGCUGAGCCACGGCAAAGCGCUACCUGGUUUGUCUGGUGUUUUCUGCCACAGGGAGGGGCAGGGUGUAAGGAGCAGGUUUUGUAAUUCUGCUGUGUGCAUUUUAUUAAGUUUGGGGUUUUUCUGGCAGCCUCUCUUCUGUCCACACGGUGUUUUAGUAGCGCGAGGUUCAGCCUUUCAGUGAUAAUUCCAGGGGGAUUUAUUUCUGUUUUGAUCUGGAACAGCACAGAAGGGAAGAGCUGCGCUGUCCUUGCGCAGGAAUGGCACAGCACCCCUCAGAGCUGCCCGAGGCCGCCCCUGCCCUGCAGACUGUGUGUGCUGCUGCUCCCCGGGUGCUGGGGUGACACAGCAGGCGUGCAGAGCUCAGGCUGUUCCUGCGCGGGGAGGAGGCUCCGCCGCAGCCAUGCUGACAGCCCCGGGGGACUCGGCGCGCCGGGACAGCUCGGGCAAGCACUACCUGUGCGGGCUGUGCGCCGCCUUCACCAACAUCCUGGUGACGUUCCCCAUCCAGAAGGUUCUGUUCCGGCAGCAGCUGUACGGGCUGCGCACGGCCGAGGCGGUGCGCCAGCUGCGCCGCGACGGGCUGCGCACGCUCUACCGCGGCAUCCUGCCCCCGCUCAUGCAGAAAACCGCCACCCUGGCGCUCAUGUUCGGCCUCUACGAGGAUUUCUCGGCGCUGCUGCUCAGCCACGCCCGCGCCCCCGAGCUGCUGACGCGCAGCGCGGCCGCUGCGCUCACCGGCACCACCGAGGCCGUGCUCACGCCCUUCGAGCGCGUCCAGACGCUGCUGCAGGACCACAGGCACCACGACAAGUUCACAAACACUUACCAGGCCUUCAAGGUGCUGAGGGCCUAUGGGAUGAGGGAGUACUACCGGGGAUUGGUGCCCAUCCUGCUGCGCAACGGGCCCAGCAACGUGCUGUUCUUCGGGCUGCGGGGGCCCAUCAAGCAGCUCCUGCCCGAGGCCACCUCCUACAGCUCUCACAUGGUCAACGACUUCAUCUGCGGGGGGCUGCUGGGCGCCAUGCUGGGCCUCUUGUUCUUCCCUGUGAAUGUCAUAAAAACUCGUAUGCAGGCUCAGAUCGGUGGCGAGUUUCAGUCCUUCUCCAAAGUGCUCGCGAAGAUCUGGCUGGAGCGCGACAGGAAGGUGAUCCACCUCUUCCGAGGAGCCCACCUGAACUGCCACCGCUCUGUGCUGUCCUGGGGGAUCAUCAACGCCACCUACGAGUUCCUGCUGAAGCUGCUGUGAUCCCGUCCUGCUCGUGGGGUGCCAGCACUCAGAGCGUCCUCUGUCCCAGGGAACAGUGCCCGUGCGUGUGACAGGUAUUUAUGGGGUGAAUGGUGAUACAUUUAAAACCUUGGUGCAAUUAUGAUGAACUUCUUAAAGUAUUCCUUACUAGCGGGUGAGUUUACCCAUAACAGAGCUGCUAGACAAAUGCAAGGUGUAAAAGAGGAAACACAAGUAUUCUGUAUCACUCCCGAAAUUCCAUAAUGCUCUGUGGUGAGAUGCGCUCCACGGCCCAUGUUUAGAACAUGAGAAUCAAGGAGGGGCUGAAGAAAAACAAUUCCAUUGCCUGAUCAUCUUCCAAGUCUCGAUUUUGGAACUGCAUUUUCCGAUGUUUCAAGGUCCUCAUUGUGUAAAGCUCAAAGGACAGAUCCAGAAGGGGAUAACUGAGGUGCAGAGCUCCCAGCUGCACCUCAGCUGCUGCAGCCACUGCAGGUGGCCUGCGGUGACCGUGUCCUCCAGCCUGGCCCAGGCUGGACCUCUGUGUGUGUAUGUGUGUGUGUUUGUACGUGUGCCUUCCUGCCAAAAGGGAAAACCAGAAGGAAUGGGACAGCAAACUCACUGAAGCUUUAAAGUGUCCUUCCUCGUUAAAAAACAUGGAGUUUGUUCUGCUUUUUGUGAGGACUUUUUUUUUUUUUUUUUAAUUGCUGCUUUUCCUGUUGCCUCCAGCUACAGGAUCAGGGAUGUGUCCCUGUCUGUAGUGCUCAUGGGACACUCCAGCUCCUGCAGCUGCUCAAGCACUUCACACACGGCUUUUUGCACUGCCUCAUCUUGUCUGCUCCCAGUUCCCGCUGCGGAAUUACGGAUCGCAAGAUGUUCCUACCCAAAACUCGGGGCUCUGCCUGCUGGGUGUGUGCUGUUAAUGGUUCUGCAAGACAGAGUGGCACGGGCAAGGUGAGGUUCCUGGGUUACCUGCUUCAGUGGAGGUCUGUAGGUGUAGUGGAGAUGAAAAGCCAAAGAUGACCUUGGAAGCAGGGAGGAAGGAAAGGUGCAGUGCUUGGAGACAUGUUUCAGGACUUCGGUAGGCAGAGAUUGAAAAGGACUGACAGAAAUCUGUGUCCUACAGAUGUGGGAGUUGAGAGAGAGAAGACUUCAGGCUUUAGAUACCAGGACAGAAGAGUGAGCACGACCCUGAGAUAGAUGAGUGUCCUAACAAGAAGUGUUUGGGUGUCCCUGAGGGCUUCCUCUUUAAUUAAAGUAUACAUUCAUAUAUAAACCAGAACAGGUGGAUGAUGGGGAGCAGCAAAGCUUUCAGAAACUGCUUUGAAUUUAGUCUUUUCUUAAGUCUUGGAGGGGCUAUUGCUUUUCUGAAUUUGAAUUUUCCAUUUGCUAAAACUGUCUUCCGAAAUUGAACCUAAUCAGUGUGUUGUAAUCAUACAGUCCUGAGCUUCACAGAUGGCAGCGGGUGGGCACAAGCACGAGUUCUGUAUCCCAGUGGUGAUUAUCUGCAUCUAAAUAAAAUGUUUACUGGAUGUUUGUUACUGGCAGAAUUUGAUUUUUACCAGUGUACCAGUUUUUUUUGUAAUCACUCCUUGAUGGAAUAAAAAAAAUCUGCAUCCUG